AUGGCUGACCCAGACGACAGCUUUCAGGCAGCCGACGCCAUAGGCACCUCCACCAUCUCUGUCUUUUCCCCCUCCCUCUCUAGAGUCAGGUCUCACACUCCCCAGGUUCACCAUUCUUCACUGCGCCCCGAGAUGUCAGCGCUCACCCCGACCGAACGAGACCCGCUUUUGCACGGCGCACGUAAGGUCAAGAAGCCAUUCUACCGUGCUAGGCCGCUAUGGCUCGUGCCAUUCGCUAUAUCCGCGUCAGUCAUCCGCGGAAUGACCUUGGGUCCGCGUAUCGAAGUGUUCACUCAGCUCUCUUGCAAUGCGGUCUAUGGUCACGACGUGUACGAUCAUACGACCACCAACCUGUCCCUCGUUUCCGCCUACCACACUCCUUUGCACAUCGACCCCGUGGGUCCUCACCUGAGCAGGCUGGACUUUGGUUUCUCCCGUUUCCGCAAGCGCUCCCUUGCAACGUUCCAGGACACCGCUGGCACAGGCGAUGAAGAUGAUAACGACGAGCCAGACCCGCGUCAAGUGCCGUCGAAACGCUGCUUACAGGAUGCGACUGUGCAAGCUGGUGCGGCGCGAUUGCAGGUGAUCAUGACCACGACGAUGGGCGUGCUUUCCGCUCUCACGACCGGCUGGUGGGGCCAUUUCGGCGAGCUGCACGGCCGCACACGCGUCCUGGCUGCCGCCACGCUCGGACUCUUUCUCACGGAUCUGACGUUCAUUCUCGUGUCUACUCCGCAUAGCAUCUUCGCCGCACACGGACACAAGCUGCUCGUCAUUUCGCCCGCGAUCGAGGGCAUGCUCGGCGGGUGGCAGACGCUGCAGGCGGCGAUCAACGCGUAUGUCUCGGACUGCACCUCGGACGGUUCGCGUGCACAGAUCUUCUCGCGCUUCACGGGCGUGUCCUUCCUUGGGCUCUCGAUCGGCCCCACCAUCGGUGCCUUUCUAAUAACGCACCCCAUCUUCAAGUCUGUCCCGCCGCCAUCAUCGUCUGCUCACGCCGGCACGGCGACGGUCACCUCUGUUUUCUACGUCGCCACGAUGUGCUCAUUCGCGAACCUGCUCCUGGCGCUCUUUGUGUUCCCUGAGGCCCCGAAGAAGCGUGCCAAGAUCGGACAGGAGCUACGAACGGUGCCAGACGAGGAUGCACCAAAGAGACAGGGCCAUCUUGCCGGCUUCCUUGCGCCUUUUGCGCUGCUGGCGCCGCAGACGGUCCAGAGACCAAACGGAACGACGGCCAAGGAUUACCGCUUGACCUUGAUCGCUCUUACCUUGCUAGUAUAUGCGCUAUCUACUGGUAUCUUCCAAAUCAAAUAUUUAUACGCAGAACAUAUCUACGGAUGGGGAGCUGAACAACUGAGUUACUAUAUUUCUGCCAUGGGUCUCGCUAGAACAUUGUAUUUAUUGGCUGUCAUGCCACUGAUCGUCCUGACCUUCAAGCCCAAACGCGAGCCCGUGUCCCAUCCCACGCACGCAGCCGUAAUCCCGAGCAAAAAGGCACCGCCCACCGCAGCGCAGGUCGCGCGGGAGAUGAAGUUCGACUUCGUGCUCCUGCGCCUGUCGCUGGUGGUAGACCUGCUCUCGCACACGCUCGUCACGCUCUCGCCCGAGAGCACGAGCGCGGCGAUGUUCACCGCAUACACGUCGCUCAGCAGCUUCGGCGCGGGCGUCGACCCUGCAAUGCAGAGUCUCGCGCUCUGCAUCAUGCAGGCCAACGGCGAGGAUAACCGCGGGAAGCUCUUUGGCGCGUUCGCGAUGCUCCGCACCGUCGGCCAGAUGAUCAUCGGCCCGAUACUCUUCGGUCUGAUCUACAGCGCGACGGUCGCGCAGUUCCCCAAGGCGAUCUUCAUCGCGGCGGGCGCAUUCGCGUUCGCCGCGCUUGUGCUCAUCUGCUUGGUGCGCCCCGAUGCGGGCUUGAGGGCCAAGGUACCCUCACGCCGGCGGGACGACAGCGAGAUCGAGCGUGGUCGGUCGCGCGUGAGCAAGGACAUCAGCCACUCGAGUAUGAACCCGACACGGGCAGAUUCGGCGUCGGGUUUGCGGUGA